CUCUGCCCUCCUCUCCGAGCAUGGAUAAAGAGCUGGAAGGAUCCAUUCACAGGUUUAACAGAAGGAGGGGGUGUGUCAGGGUUAGCAGGGUUGUCUACUGCCGAUUAAUAACAUUGUAAUAUGACAGAUGUCUAUAAAAUAUUGCCUUCACCUACGUAUGUGUAUAACAUUUUUAUAAUCUGCAGGUGCCUUAAAUUGUGUUGUCGUGGUGAUAAGAAUUAGGAUACUCCCUGCCAGCAAGAUGGUUCCCUCCGCUUCAGUUUUAGCAGCUGAAAUCUGAUCCACAGCUGCCGCUGUUAUUGCCCGCCCCUCUGACAACAGAAACGCCGUACUGCACGUACAGCCCAGCACAACACACAACAACCAGCAGCACUGGGGCAUGAGGACAGUAUUUACUGAUGUGUGCCAUCCUAGCCAGCAGUAAACAUUCCAGGUCUAUAUCAUCGAGGUGUCGGAUGGAGAGCACAGAUGGACUGUGAAGCACCGCUACAGUGAUUUCCACGACCUCCACGAGAAGCUGACGGCGGAGAAGAAGGUGGACCGACGGCUGCUUCCUCCAAAGAAGAUGCUGGGCAAGAACUCAAAGAGUCUGGUGGAGCGGCGGCAGAAAGAGCUGGAGCUCUAUCUGCAGACGCUGCUGCUGCAGUUCCCACAGGCCACCCCGACUCCGCUCGCAAGUUUCCUGCACUUUCACCUCUAUGAGAUCAACGGCAUCACAGCAGCUCUGGCUGAGGAGUUGUUCCAUAAAGGUGAGCAGUUGCUGCAGGCCGGCGAGGUGUUUUCUCUGCAGCCUUUGCAGCUUUACUCCGUCUCCCAGCAGCUACGUCUGGCCAAACCAACCUGCUGUAACGGAGACGCCAAGACCGACCUGGGACACAUCCUCGACUUCACCUGCAGGCUGCGAUACCUGAAGAUGUCUGGUACCAGAGGCCCAGUAGGGACCAGCAACAUCCAGGAAAGCAGUCUCCCCUUCGACCUGUCUGUUUUCAAAUCACUGCUGCAGAUAGAGAUCAGUGAGUGUAGCUCUCAGCAGAUUGGAGGUCUGUCGUUUCUGAGGUCCAGUCUGGAAACUCUAAGUAUCCACCACUCCACAGAAACUAUGAUGUCAAUCCUUGUCCCAGAGGCGAGCGAGUUCUCACAGUGGGAGGCAGAGGGGGGCGAGUCUGGCUGUCCCGUAACCGCCGUCAUCCCCUUGUGGAGAAACCUGACCACACUGGACAUGAGCCACAACGGCAUCAGCACCAUAGACAGCUCAGUGAAACUGAUCCCGAAGGUGGAGUUUCUGGAUCUGAGCCACAACCAGCUGUCCACAGUGGAAAACCUCCAGCACCUGUACAAUCUGGUCCACGUGGAUCUGUCCUAUAACAGUCUGCGGGUCCUGGAAGCUGCUCACACCCGUCUGGGCAACAUCAAAACCCUGAGCCUGGCUGGCAACCAGCUGGAGCAACUGACCGGCCUCACCAAGCUCUACUCUCUGGUCAACCUGGACCUCAGCCACAACCGUCUGGCCCAGUUGGAGGAGAUCAGGAACAUCGGCCUUCUGCCCUGUCUGGAGAAACUCAACCUGUCCAGUAAUCCCAUGUGCAUCAUCCCAGACUACAGAACCAAAGUCCUGGCCCAGUUUGGAGACCGUGCAGCAGAGGUUUGUCUGGACGGUAACGUGACGACCGAGAAGGAGCUGGACACAGUGGAAGUGUUGAAAGCCAUUCAGAAAGCCAAAGAAGUCAAAGACAGGAUGAGCAGCGGCGACAAGAAGAUCAGUGAGGAGACCAGGCUGUCUGCUGCUGCACCUCCUCACCUCUCCUCUUCCUCUCCCCCCUCCUCUUCCUCCUGCUGCUCAUCUGCUGUCUCUCCUCCUGCUGUCACCUCCUCCUCCUCCUCCUCCUCCUCUACCUCCUCCUCCUCUUCCUGUCCGGUCCAGCAGGCUGCCUGCCCCAGCCAAGAUGUGACGCGCAGAGAAGAAGCGGCACUUCCCCUCGCUGUUCCUCCUGUGAACGCUGCCCCUCCCCCCGCAAGCUUUAACACCAACACACACCUCCUGUCUGCUGACCCCGCCCAGGUACAACAACCGUCUGCCAGUCUGUCUGAACACACACUCUGUGGAGCUCCUACAAGUACUAUUACUACUACUGCUGCUACUACUACUACUACUACUACUACUACUACAAAUACUGUCUGUUGUGUCUGCUGCUCUUCCUCCUCCAGACCAGUUGGAACCUCUUGCUUCUCCUGCAGCGAGGCCUGCAGUCCUCUACUCCCUUCUCACCUGCUCUCCCUCUCCUCCUUCAACCAAGACUUCAUUACCCAGCUCUCCCAGCUCCUCAGCUCCACCCUGAAGGAGCAGAAGAGGGAGGUGGUGGAGGAGGAGGAGGAAGAAGAGAAGGAGGAAGAGAGGGAGGAAGAGAAGAGGUCUGAAUCCAGAGAGAUUCAGACCCAUGUAGAGGGCACUGAGGUGGGAAGUCCCAGUCCAGGCUCCAGGGACGGAUAUUUCGAGAUGGGUCUGGAUGACUCUGUUGAGGAGUCGGUCUGCUCCUCCUCCACCACAUCGCUGUCUGUUCCUCCUGCAGAGGAGCCCAUGGGCCACCAGGGGGAGCUGUGUGAAGAGGAGGAGGAAGAGGAGGUGCAGGUCAGCAGGGUUCUGUGGUGCUACUGUCUUCAGGUGAAGGAGGAGGUGGAACAGAAGGAGGCGUGCCUGGUGCUGACGGACCGGCUGUUGGGCCUGCUGUACCUAUCCGAUGAGUUCACAUGGACCAAUCAGGACGCAGACCAGGAGCAGAGGCCACCUGUGGAGGAGGUGCUGUCCAGCCUGCAGGUGGACCUCCUGCUGCCGUACUCCCAGCUCCUUCUCUCCUCUCAAGCCGAGCUCCCCGACUCCUGCCUGGCCUUCGGUCGCCGAGCCGGUCCGACCCGCUGGUACAUCUUCUUCGAGGCAGAGGAGCUCCGGCAGAUCAGGAGCGAGCUGACCGUGCUGAUCCAGGCAGCGAAGUCUCAGACUGACCCGGAGCACCCCAACACUCCUCAGCUCUUCCCCCGCUCACUCAUCAACUCCUGGGAGCUGGAGGAGAGUCAGGGAGCCCAGGGAGGCUAUCCUGCUUUCCUCCUUCCCUCCUCCUCCUCCUCCGCCCCGGACACCCACCCGCUCCUGUCAGACAUCUUCUCCAAGAGGGAGGACCCCAGCCUCCUCUCUCUCCUCUUUCUCACCCACCGACACCUCUGGGUGCUGAAGAUGGACUUCAGAGAGCUGGCAGAAAGAGAGAGGAGGCCGGCUGACCGUCAUCCCUCCUCCUCCUGGUGCAGGCUGGUCCGUGUGCCCCUCGGCUCCGUGAUGCUUCACCCCAGAGAGAGAGCUUCUCAGGUCGGGGACAGAACCUGCAACACCUCCUGCCCCGACCCAAAACACCACCACAGGAGGAGUCACACUGUGGAGCUGCUGCUGGGCGGUCAGAGGCUACUGCUGCUCUUCCCUCUGGCCCAGAACAGGAGCUCCUUCCUGGGGGAGCUGAGCCAGCGGAGAGCCUCUCUGGAGGGGCUGAAGAUGAUCGCCCUGCCCCAGCCCUGCAGGCCCUGUCCACAGCAAGGCUGUCACAGAUCCACAGACCGGUGCUGUUGUACCAGUACAAGGAAAUCACACAGCACCAGCAGCUGGGACUCCUCCCGCCUCCAGGUUGAGGAGAACCAGCCGUCCCCCCACCUCACCCCAGGUCUCUCCCCAGGACUGAAGCUUCUGGCUGGGCUUAGAGAACAGCAGCUGCUGACCUACUUCCACAGAUAUAUAGCAGUGUCUGAGGUGGAGGAGGUGAGACAGGUCUUGUGGCUGUCUGUGGUUCUCUACAAGUCUCCAGAGUCUGAGCUCACCUGCUGUCUGCUGCUCUCCACUGAUACAAUCUACUUCCUGUUGGAAGACUCCGCCUCCACACUUGGCCAUCACUCAGUGUUGGACAUAUUGGACUCUGGAGAUCCGGACGUCUGUCUGUGCUGCUGUCUGUCCAUCAGACUGUCUGAUCUGCUGUCUGUCAACGUGGGACUGUUCGACCAAUACUUCAGAGUCGUAGGUCGAUCAGCCGAUCACAUCGUGUGCUGUCUCAGCAGGGACAGUUAUGGGACGGGCGUCUUCCUUCAGGAGCUCAUGUCGGCCCUCAGUCUGCAGCAGCAGCUUCCUCCUCCAGAACCGUCAGAUCAGGACUUCUACUCCCAGUUCACCAACACAAACAUGGGUAAGAUGCAGAACUACGAGCUGGUCCACAGCAGCAGGGUGAAGUUUAUUUAUCCCAGUGAGGAGGAGAUGGGAGACCUCACCUUCAUCGUGGCAGAGAGGAAGACUCCGGCCAGCGCAGCGUCAGCGCCAUCACGCUCCUUCAACGUCCUGCUGUACCUGCUGGUCUUCCAGGUCCAGAUCCCCAGCAGCCUGCCCAGCCAAGGCUCCACUCUCUCAGGCCACUCCUCCUCUGUUUCUGGCUCCAGCCCGUGUCCUGUACUCCAGCCCAGGACUUUGAUCCUGACCAGCACCGACGUGUUCCUAUUGGACGAGGACUACGUCAGCUAUCCUCUGCCCGACUUCGCCAAAGAACCUCCCUCCAGGGAGCGGUACCAGCUGCGAGAGGCUCGGAGGAUCCGGGACCUUGACCGGGUCCUGCUGGGGUACCAGACGUACCCUCAGGCUCUGACCCUUGUGUUCGAUGACCUGCCCGGUCCCGACCUGCUCUGCCACCUCACCAUGGACCACUUCGCCGCCGCGGGGGAGGAGGCCCCGCCCAGAGGGGGCGGAGCCAGCAGUGGCGCGGAGGGCGAGGUGCAGUGGUGCGUCUUUGUCCCCGGAGCGGACAGCAGAGAGCGGCUGAUCUCGCUCCUCGCUCGCCAGUGGGAGGCGCUGUGCAGCCGGGAGCUUCCCGUGGAGCUCACGGGCUGAUUGGUGGACGCCGGGACAGAUCGAUGAGCGUUCAUCACCUAGUUGGUCAUUGGGAGCUGAUUGGCAGGUGGAGUCAUCGUAUGACCGUAUAUAAACACACAUUCAGGGCUUGGUUAGCUGUUUAAAGGUCUUAAUAUGCUUUAAACAGUAGUUUGUCGAGUUGGUCUACUGGCGAUUGUUGGUGGUUUCAGACGAUCCAACAAGCACUUAGUUUGAAGCAUAAUGGAGCCUUGAGUCGUACUUUGAUUGAAGGGGAAGUGGCUUCGCUCAAACACCGUUUGGUGUCCGCUACAGAAAAAAACACUGAGGGUUAAUCGGACUCAACAGAUACCAGACUGCCAUUACAGAUCUGUGACCUCCCACAAAGCCUAAAUACUGGGAGUUUCAGGCACAACUUUACCUUCUUGUAAAGUGUCUCACAUGGAGCAGAUUCACAGAUUUGUUGGAUGACUUUGCAGACAGACAGACAGACAGACAGACGGACAGACGGACAGACGGACGGACGGACGGGUGCUGCACAACAGGGGGCGCUGCAGACAGUCCACAGGAGUUAAACCACAUUUCAGUCACCAUUACCUUAAAGGAACGGUUUGUCAUUUCUGGUAAAUCCUCCUGGCAUCUGUCCUCUCCAGAGUCAGAUGAAAAGAUUUACAUCGGUUUCAUCUCAGUGUGUCCAGUGCAAAUGUAAAUCCAGGACGUGUUAGCCUAGCUUAGCCUUAGCCUAACAACUCCAAAGCGGUCUGAUUUACAUGUUGUUAUUUAUGUUAAGUCGCUCUUAAAACCAAAAAUAUUUUUUACAUUUACAGUCUGGCUCUGGGUGAGGUGACAAGAGGAUAUCCGAAUGUUUUGGACUUUUGUUUUUUUAAGAAACACACACACACACACACACACACACACACACACACACACACACACACACACACACACACACACACACACACACACACAUGCACAGCUGCUCGGCACAAUCUGCUCUCUGAACAUUUUAUUCCUUGCACAUUGUAAUUGAUUAAGCAGUAUUAUUGGACUGUAUAUUGAAGCUUUUUAUUAAAAAUAAAUUAAUAUAAUGUUUUUGGGGACCGACAGAUGUUUUCCAUUCUGAAGCAGAUUUUGUACUAAACACAAAUAUCCUGAUAUUUCCAAAAAUAACUCUUAAAUGUCAUAUUUAGUAUUAUCAUUGAGUAUUAUUUUUUUUUUGUUUUUCUUUUAUUGUAUGUUAUGUUUUCCGUGCAUUAUUAUUGACAAAUGGGAAGCCAGACAGAGUUGGACCCUGCCACCUUUCACCAAUGUUUGCGUUACAUGUUGUCUUGUUAAAGGGGAAUGCCACUGAAUUAAAGUGAAAAUGAAAACUCUA